AUGCACCAGGUAGAGCGCAAAGAUCAAGCAGUGAUUCCCCAACAGAUCAGGCCGCAAUCCACCAGGCAGAAAUCUCACCGGAAAAGCCCAUUUUCAGGCAGAAAUCUCACUGGUAAAGCCAAUUUUCAUCCAGAAAUCCAACAGCCCAGGGGAGUUGAAGGGGAGGCAAGACCAGCACCCAAAGGUGCCCCCCAGGGCAAGAUGGCGUCGGUCGGGAAGGAGAGGUUCUUGCCACAGGAACCCUAUUAUAUCCCGGGCUACAGCGGCUUCUACCCCCAGGUGCGCUACCAGCUGGGCAAGCCCUACGGCCGCCUCACCUGCGACGUCCUGACCGACCCCGAGGUCCCCAAAAGCCCCGUGUCCGUCCUGGCGCCGCUGACCAAGCCCAAAUUUGUCAAGGAUUUCACCAGCCGAGACCGGCCCUUCCGCCAGUGCAUGGACCAGCACCAGAACUACGUCCCGGGGUAUUCCGGCUCCGCCCCUUACCAAGGCUGCCUCCGCCUCCCGAACCGCCCGCCUCCUCCCUGCGCUACAACUCCCAAACCCACAAUCUGCCCGCCGACGGGGGCGGAGCCCCGCCCGGCCGCCGCCCCCUGCCACCCCGGCCUCCGAUUGGCCUGCGGACCUGGCUGGCGCCAAUUCUCCGCCUCCAUUGGUGGAGACUCGAACCCGGCGCCCAGGAUGUACCUCUGCCACCCGGACGUCGCCUUGGUUUGCGGACGGGAGGAGCGGGCGCCGUGCGACGCCGGGAUGGCGCUGAUAUGCGGACAGGGGUGCCGGCCGGCGCCCGGCGGGGAGACGACCCGCGUCGAGGCCACGCCCCUCCCUCCGCCCACCGAGACGACGACGGACAUCUGCCGCUUUGACCGCACCCCCAAGAUGGACGCCCCCAACCUGGUCCAGAGGAAGGCCAUUUCCGGCUACACCGGCUACAUCCCGCGCUUCCCCUGGAUCAUGGGAGAAAACUACACCACCGGGGUCAAGGACGCCAUGGACGAGUUCGACCGCAACCAGGAAAUGCUGAGGAGUCCAAUGUAUAGUUUCGGCAAGCGGCUGCCAAGCACCUAUUGGCCGAAUAGUCAGAUUUACACCAGCGGAGGAUUGAUGCCGUUUUACACCGGAUUUGUGCCCACCAUCCGCGACAACUACGCCCAGACCUUCGGCAACAGCACCCGCCAGGCCUACUUUGCCGAGCUCCGCCGGAGGCAGCGGGAGGGUUGA